AUGAGCAUGCCAUGCGCUCAUUUUGUCUCUGUCCUUUCUGAAGGGUGUUUGUAUUCAUCUGGUCUGUCCUUCUUGUGCUCCAACAUGAGCCACUCUGCCUCUUCCUCAUCCUGUUCAUCAUAUCGUAGAAUGUUUGGUGGUCCCGGCUACCUGACGCCACCAAUGUCCCGUGCAAUGUUCGGCCGAGCCUCCACCGGGGGGUCUGGCAGCUCUCGGAUCAACUCUAGAGUCUACGAGGUCACCAAAUCCUCAACUUCCUCUCCUGGAUUCUCGAGUUAUCGAGCCUCCUCCUACAGUAUGCCCAACUUGUCUGCAGGCUAUAACCGCUCCUAUGGUGGGAUGGGUGAGACGCUAGACUUCGGCCUGGCUGACGCGCUCAACCAGGAGUUUCUCCAAACGCGCACCAAUGAGAAAGCUGAGCUUCAGCACCUUAAUGACCGAUUCGCCAACUACAUUGAGAAGGUUCGCAUGCUGGAGCAGCAGAACCAGGCAAUGGUGAUUGAGGUGGAGCGUUUGAAGGGGCGGGAGCCAACACGGAUUGCUGACCUUUAUGAGGAUGAGAUGAGGGAGCUGAGAAGAGAGAUCGAAGUGGUCACCAAUCAGAGAUCACGUGUGGAGGUGGAGCGGGAUAAUUUGGCAGAUGAUCUGCAGAAACUGAAAUUCAGGCUUCAGGAAGAGAUUGCACUGAGGGAAGAGACCGAGAAUAAUCUGGCCGCUUUCAGAGCAGAUGUGGAUGCUGCAACGUUGGCUCGGCUGGAUCUGGAAAGACGUAUAGAGACUCUCCAAGAAGAGAUUGCCUUCCUGAAGAAGAUCCAUGAAGAGGAAAUCCGUGAGUUGCAGGCCCAAAUGCAAGAGUCUCAAGUCCAAAUCCAGAUGGACAUGUCCAAACCGGACCUUACUGCUGCUCUAAGGGACAUUCGUGCUCAGUAUGAGGGCAUCGCUGCAAAGAACAUUGCAGAGGCUGAGGAGUGGUACAAGUCAAAGGUGUCAGACCUUAACCAGGCAGUGAGCAAGAACAACGAGGCUCUCAAACAAGCCAAGCUGGAUUCCAUGGAGUACAGACACCAGAUCCAGUCCUACACCUGUGAGAUCGACUCCCUCAAGGGCACUAACGAGUCUCUCAUGAGGCAGAUGAGAGAUAUGGAGGAUCGCCACGGUCGUGAGGCUGGUGCUUUUCAGGACACCAUCGCCAGGCUGGAGGCAGAGAUUGCUAACAUGAAGGACGAGAUGGCACGUCACCUGCGAGAAUAUCAGGACCUGCUCAACAUUAAGAUGGCCCUGGAUGUGGAGAUCGCCACCUACAGGAAGCUGCUAGAAGGAGAGGAGAGCAGGAUUGUGAUGCCCAUGCAGUCAUAUUCCACUAUAAGUUUUAGAGAGACAAGUCCAGAACAUCAACAGAGAAUAUCUGAAAUGCACUCAAAGAAAACCGUCCUGAUCAAGACCAUUGAGACACGUGAUGGGGAGGUGGUGAGUGAAUCUACACAACACCAGAAGGACAUCAUGUAAACCUCAGACAAGGAGCCGCAACCAAAGAAUCAAACCAAGAUGAAAAUAAAACCCUUUCUGUGCUUUUCUUUUGUUUUUCCACACAUCCAAAAAGUGAUAUGAGCACAUCUGCAUAAGAGGGAAAAGAGAGCGAUCACAUUGCAAUCACAUUUUUUUGUUAUAGAUGUAUUUUUAAGCAUUUUUAUUCCAGUUAUAAAUGUCAGUUUGGAAGAAUGUGAGGUAGGUGUAAAGUAAGAGAAGGACUGAAAUAGUAAAGGAAGGAAAAAGAGGGGAGUGCAGUAAAUUGUGAGGAUGAUGCCAAGCUAAGAAAAAAUAAAUAAACUAAAGAUACCUAAGC